AUGGAUGUCGUGGCCGUCAACACCCCGGAGCGACUCUUCUCGCUCUUUGCGACACUCUCCGGCCUCAUUAUGUUCAGCUUCUUCAUUGGCUCCAUCAACCAGUCUCUCGCACGCUUCAGCACGCUUACUGCGCAGGAGGUGCGCACAAGCCAAAUGGUGAGACGAUAUGUGACUGAGAAGCGAGUGUCGGUGGAGCUCUCGGCUGACAUCCUCCGCUGCAUCCGUCAGCGUGGUAUUGGCAGGGAGACCAGCAAAGUGAUCUUCGGCGACAUCCCUGCUCUGAAGCACUUACCGGACAAGGUGCGGUCAGCGCUGAAGCAGGAGGUGGGGAUGCCAAUACUGGAGACCCAUGGCAUGAUUAGACAUGCCGCAUUAAUCAACUAUGGCGAUGUGGCUCCACUCUGUGCGAAUGCUCUCCAG